CGCACUCUCGAUCCACUUUCCGCCUUCCCUUCUCACCUCCUUUCGGCCCUUGCGACGAUGACUUCUACACUGGAUGCGGCGCAGUCUUCAGCGACGGGAACGCCACCGAAGAACAAGCCCCAAGGAAAAGACGAUGGCGCUGACGAGAAAGCAAUCUCCAAGUCGCGGACAGACCUGCUCGAUGCCGAGGGCGACCUAAGCCCGGCGUUUCACCUCGCUCUUGCCCGCAUCUUUCUCCGCUUCAGCGCGUCAGCGCAAAAGCUUGGCCUGGAUCUCCCCAACGCUGCUGCUGCUGCUUCCGAGAAAGACGUGGGAGCACAACUCGACAAACUAAAAAAAGUCGCGUUGGACGACGACGAGCUCGAUGCUUUCGCGCGGGCUACCAAUGGCGAGGUUCUCAGUGACGAGAGCAAGGAGGAGAUCAAGGAAUAUCUCGAUUGCGAUGACCAAUCAAGAAUCACGUUUUCGGGAUUCUGCGAAAUGUACCACCUGCAGACAGGCAGCGAUGCUGCGGAGACGUGGAAGGACCUCGAGGCCCUCGGCUUCAACGAAAAGCUCGAGCUUGACUCACCUUUGAAAGCAGACGCGAGCAAAGAGGAGAGAAGCACAUGAGCAAGUGCUUGUGCACCCAAAAACGAAAGAAGGAUACCAAAGUGUAUAUUUAUCAUUGUCCUGGAGCGAUGCAAUUGACGACGAGACAACAAAGAAAAGGCUAAUGUAGUGGUGACUCAGUCAUACCGGUAUCGUGU